UAUCGGGUAUUUCGAUUGGUGUUCAUCUUCGCCCCCUUAUUUAUACCAGGAAGUGUAUUGUGUUUACACAGUGCCCCUGGAAUGAGAUAAUUAUCCUCUUUCAACAAGGGCCAUGGGGAACACCGACAGUGUUGUGGUGCAGAAACGGCUGGCCCGUUUUCGCCCAGAGGAGCGGCCGGUUGUGGAGGGAGUGUUCGAUCGGCUUCACGGCGCGAGUCCAGCAGGUGGCGCUGGAAAAGCAGGGAAGGUUUUAACGCUGGGCAUGUUGAAGCCCUGUAUGGGAAACAUUGCCUCAGACUCUAUGAUCAAGAGGGUCUAUGCUGGGAUGUGUAGCAUGGACCCCGGAGUGGCCCCUCCUCCCCCUGGGGCUGGGGUGAGUCGGGAGCAGCUGGUGGUCUUCUUGGCCGAUGUCCUGCGAGGCACUGCAGAGGAGCGAGCGCCCCUUUUCAUGGCAAUGGCUCAGGGGACAGGGACAGGUGUUGCCACAUGUGACCAAAUAAUAGAGUUCUUGCAGGACCUGGUUUCUGCUGUGGUGCAGAUCAUCAUCCAGAAGAGUCGUUUGCAGGGCUGGAAGCCAGAGCGUAUGGCUGACGUUUCCAUUGGUGUUAAACUAUUGGCUGAACAGAUGAGCUCUGAACUAAAACCCUCAGACCAGCGUACCUGUGACGUCCCAUGUUUGGAGGACUGGCUAUUCAGAGUUUCCAAUGUGGCCAUGUACAUGGACCUUCUGAUAGGUGAAGGCCUAAACGUGGGCUUAACCUCCCGUCCACCUCCCACCCUUCUGCCCCCCUGCUGGGAAACCCCUUGGGAGAAGCUGCGCUGCCUGCUGGACCUGCCCGUGCUGAUGUUCCUCACACCGCAGUUACCUGAUGGGUACAACAUCCCCUGGAAGCUGCUUUUCUCCACUCAGCUGCACGGGGAGAGCUUCACCAAAAUAGUAGGCAGCUGUAAAGGCCGCGGGCCCACCGUGCUCCUGAUCAAAGACACUAAAGGACACAUCUUUGGUGGCUUCGCCUCCCAUGGCUGGGAAGUAAAGCCUCAGUUCCAAGGAGACUCCAGGUGCUUCCUGUUCUCAGUAUUCCCCUGUCUACGGGUGUACACCUGCACAGGAUACAACCAGCACUACAUGUACCUCAACCAGGGCCAGCAGACCAUGCCCAACGGCUUGGGCAUGGGUGGUCAGCAUGGGUACUUUGGCCUGUGGCUGGAUAGUGAUUUUGGCCGUGGGCAUAGCCGGGCACGGCCUCGAUGCACUACCUAUGGCAGCCCUCAGCUCUCUGCUGAGGAGGACUUCACCCUGGACUCUCUGGAGGUGUGGGGGGUUGGGAAGCCCCCUGAGGAGGAAGAGGGAGCGACAGGAGGCAAGAGGAGUAUCCUGGAUGCAGACCCUGAGGUUCAGGCCAUGAUGGAGAUGGCAGGGAAGACCCUACACAGCCAGGGCCUCCGAGAGCCAGAGGAGAACAAUGGAUAAUGAGACAUGUAGACAUGAUAUAGAUUUGUCACAGUUUCUUCUCAGACAAGACAUGUCAAGAAGACAUUUUGUAGAAAAGGGUGCACUAAUCACCUAGGGGCCGAUUCUGACCCGAGUUAAGCGAGCGUGAAUGGAACGUAAUUCCCUUUUCCUCUACACUUAUUCUGACCUUGAACUUAAGCAUGAGAAUAGCAUGCUAUUCACCCACUAUUCUUUUGGGUUGGAGAUCAAAUAAGUGUGUCUACAGGUACUCUGUAUUUUGGCCUUGACUUAAUUCCCAAAUAAUUUCACCACCUUUACGCCCAAGGAACCAUGAAUAAGGUCUAGCGAACCUCGCUUCCAAGUGGAGAAAGCAUCUACUCUAGCCAUAACAGUAUGAAUCAUCACACAGUUCCAUGGUUAGUGCAGGCAAUAGAUAAGGGUAUAGAACACUAUUGUACACUUUUCUCCCUAUUGUAAAUCUAUGUACAGUACAAUAAUCUUCCAACAUUGCAAUGGGUUGAAGACUUGAAGACUUUCAGAAUUAAUCAAACCACUUUUCUUUCGUGAGUAAAGGCUCUCCUAACCUGUUCUUUUAUGAUUCAUAAAUACUUUCCUAUGCCUAAAUAACCUACAAGAUCAGAGUAUUUUUAAAAUCUACUAAUUGGUGUUGAAACGGAGACAAAUAUGUAUAUAUUUAGAGUGCUUUCUUUCAUGAUCCCUAAUAUUCUGAACCCGUUCUCUUGAUCCAUUUUAGUGAGUCUGUGGACAAAAUUCUAACUAAGAGGUACACCGUAUUUAAAGAGAUGGCUUAAGAUAAACAUACUGAACCCUAUUGAAUGAAAACUCCACACAAAAAAUCUGUUGGCCAACAAGUGGGAGGGUUGUCAGCGGUUAACCACACCGGCAAAGCUCGUUCGUUACAGUCUGAAUACCAACUACUGAGAAGUGUGUAAAAAAAGGCGUGUGUAAGGAAGGAGUAAUUUCCUAAAUUGGAAUUGGGCACCUAACCCCAUAAAUAUUUGUUUUGUUUAUCUUUGUGUGUGUGUGUGUGUGUGUGUGUGGAUAGUUAAGUCAGAUUUUUUAUCUGUGUGAACUACAGGUACUAUUGGCUACAUUAACUGAACAGGACACCAGGUGUUGCCCAAUCACAUCAACCUUUAUCUUCUCAAAUCAAAUUUUAUUGGCCACAUAAACAUUUUUAGCACUUGUUGUAGCGAAAUGCUUGUGUUCCUAGCUCCAGCAGUGCACUAGUAUCUAACAAUUCACAACAAUAUACACACAUCUAAAAGUCAAAUAAAUGGAAUUAAGAAAUAUAUAAAUAUUAGGAUGAGUCUGUCUGAGCUCAUGUGAACAAGUAUUUAAAGAAAUAUUGUAAUUGAUUAAUAAUUUGUAUUGUCAUAAGUCAUUGUUUUGCUUUGAUGGCUUUUUAUUCCAAAGUGUUUAGUAAGGAUCCUAUAUGUAAACAUUGUUUGUCACCUAUAACAUGAAUGGUAUGUAGAACCUUUUAUUUUUAUUUAAGUAUGACACUAGAUAGACAUAAUGGCUAAUCUACUUCUUUACAGCACCAAUAAAUGUAAACUUCCAGGAGGCAACUUACAGUAAUGAAGCCUACAUAACCUACUCUGGCGGUUCUCUCAUUCACUGUACUGCCUCACUAGGUUUAGUACUCUGGUUGGCUGAUCUCGACUCUUCAUAUUUUUAUGCAAAUGAUGAGGGAAAGUGACGCUACAUACGCAAAUCAGCAGUUUCAUUUCCAUGUAGACGCAGUGAAUGGAAUAGAACACGAGGGUGGCUUCAUAAAGUAAAAUAAAUAAUAGAUCAGACAUUUUCACAACUUAAUAAAAUGAAGGCUUAUGGUAGUCACUGAGCAUUUGUUUAAUAUUAGAUAUUGACUUCAGUAUGUAAUGGUUUGUAUGUAAUGAUAAUAAUAAUAUUUAUGGUUCACUGGUAAAUAGAUUGAAAUUAUGAAACGAUUAAAUAAACUCUCAGUUGAUGUUU